CUUGGUGUCGCCAUUUAAACGCAGUCCGCCGCACCGCUUUACUCUCAUUUCUCCGCCUUCAAAAUCCGGCCAACUACUCCCCGCCACUGAAUCGGCCGUUUCACGUUUUCGCCGGUAAAUGCGAUUACUCCGGUGAACAGGCCACAUGCUUCCUGCAAAUAAUGCGACUGAAAUAGAGGUCGCCGGAACAAAUGGAUCGAGCUGGCGGACGAAAGCGCUGGACAUCGAGGAAGCCAAGAAACAAGGCUUGUUAUCACUUCCGAUGAUUCUCACCAAUGUCUUCCUUUACCUAAUCACUUUGGUAUCUGUAAUGUUCGCUGGUCAUCUUGGCGAGCUUGAGCUCGCUGGUGCUACGCUGGCCAACGCAUGGGCCGCCGGAACUGGCCUCGCUUUCAUGACCGGAUUAAGUGGAGCACUUGAGACGCUUUGUGGACAGGGAUUCGGUGCAAAAGUAUACAGAAUGCUGGGCAUCUAUCUGCAAGCCUCCUGCAUCAUCUCCUUCUUCUUUUCAAUCUUGAUAUCAAUUUUGUGGUUCUUCACGGAACCCAUAUUAGUUUUUGUACAUCAGGAUCAUGAAAUAUCCAAGAUGGCUGCUGUCUAUUUGAAGUUUCUCAUUCCCGGAAUAUUUGCAUAUGGCUUCUUGCAGAACAUCAUAAGAUUUCUUCAAAUGCAAUCUGUUGUCAUGCCUCUAAUUUUCUUCUCAGCGAUACCUUUGGCCAUCCACAUUGGCACUGCAUAUGCUCUGGUUCACAAGACAGCUCUUGAUUUCAAGGGGGCUCCUUUGGCUGCUUCUGUUUCUUUAUGGAUAGCAGUCAUGAUUUUGGCCAUAUACGUGCUUAAAGCUAAAAAGUUUGAGCAUACUUGGGAAGGAUUUUCUUUAGAUACAUUUAGUUACAUUUUUAGGAGCUUGAAACUUGCCCUGCCUUCUGCGGCUAUGGUAUGUUUGGAAUAUUGGGCAUUUGAGAUUCUGAUAUUCUUGGCUGGCUUGACUCCAGACUCAAAAACAACCACAUCUUUGAUGGCAAUGUGUGUGAGUACAGAAACAAUUGCUUACAUGAUCAUAUAUGGAUUGAGUGCAGCUGCAAGCAUAAGGGUAUCAAAUGAGUUGGGUGCAGGCAAUCCUUGGAGAGCUAAGCAUGCAAUGUUUGUCAGUCUCAAGCUGUCAAUCUUUCUCGGGAUCACAGUUGUUUUAACAUUAGUAUUUGGUCAUAGUAUUUGGGCUGGCUUCUUCACUGAUGUCCCCUUAAUAAAAGAUGAAUUUGCAUCCAUCGUACCCCUACUGGCAGUUUCUUUGAUGGAAGAUUCUGUACUAGGCGUACUUUUAGGUGUGGCUAGAGGUUGUGGAUGGCAGCAUUUUGUUGUUUAUAUGAACUUGGCAACAUUCUAUUUAAUUGGUCUGACAAUUGCAGCCCUUCUUGGAUUUAAGUUGAAACUAUAUGCUAAGGGCUUAUGGAUUGGUCUAAUAUGUGGUCUUUCCUGCCAAACACUUGCCCUCUUUUUAAUAAUAAUUCGCUCAAGAUGGACAAAGAGGGAGUUUGAUCGUGAAGAUAGAGAAAAUCGAGUUCAGCCAGCCUAAAGAAAUGACAGCGACACACCAAAAAGGAGAUUGGUAUUAGAACUUAGAACACCCUCUAAAUAGGCUAAUCUUCAUAACUUCAAAACUACAAAUAUUAAACUUUUGAUCCCCAAUUUUUAUAUAUCGAUGUUGUCGUUAAAUCUUGUAUUGCACUUAAUAGAAAUUUUUAGUUACUCUUAUCCAAACUCCAAAGAAGGUAGCAACUAGCAAUACAAUGAUAUAAGUGAUAGUUGUAAAUAUGUGAUCUGAAUUUGCAGCCUGAUCUAAAAGGUUUGUUGUGUAACUUUUUAACAUGAAAAAUACUUAUAAGGUUUGUGUUGGUAUACUGAACUGAGCAUAGAUUUUUAAUCCAUUUUUCAUCAUAAUGAAAUGUUCUCCUUUGUCUAUCGUUUUUGUUUGUAUAAGAUUUUUGUACAUAAACUUGUUUGUCCAUUCUAUUUUCUUCCUUUCAUUGCCAUUCAUUAUUGUUGUUUUUUCAAUGGUGACCUAUAUACUAAUACCGAAUGUGAUGACCAAGAUGGACUUCUAUGGAAAUUUCAGGUACCAAAAAUAGGAUUAAAAACCUAACUUCUUUCUUGUGUUUUCCAUCUAUUAAGAGCAAUGAAAUAACUACCAGAUCCUAAAUUAAGAGCUCCAACUCUUGAGCUAAUCUUUUCCUCUUCUGGCAAAAACUCUGAAAUAGCAGAUCCUAAACCUUUAAGAACAACCAAACCCUUCUCCCAUUCUCACCAACAUCAUCAUCUCCUUCUAGUUUCCACAGGCAACCGACACAGAGGCAGACAGCGAAAGAAAGCAACGACGAUGGAUUCAAAAGCAACCCUGAGAACACUUGUCCUGGUCGCCAUGGUUGCUAUGAGCAUCGUCUUCCUUCCAAUGGCAUCAGAAGCUCAUGCUCAUAUCCCUACCGUGAUCGACAGAUGCAUCCAGAGUUGUGCAAAGUCAUUGGCAACUUUAACUCCUGGUUAUUGCCUGACCGUUUGUGAAGGCGAGUACGGUUCUCGACCUCGACGACCUCGAGGCCACGUUGUUGAUACAUCACCAGCCUCAAACUAAACUGGCUGCUGUCUUUUCUUUUCCAUUAAUGGCUUUGGUGUUGAAGCUAAUUAUUUGCCUCUUUGUUGUCAUGUUUUUCCUGUAAGAGGUGUUUAAGCCAUUUGCUUUGCUGUAUGUGUUCUGAAAUUUGCCUAUUAUAUUUGGCACUCUUUUAA